AUGGGCUGCGGAGCUCAAGGCGCCAAGAAGCUCGAGGAGGCAGAGAUCCUGAGCACUCAGCUCCGGAGCAGCCUGAAGAAGCAGGAGCUGGAGCUGCAGAGGCUUGAGGCCCACGAAGCCGCCAAUUCCAAAGAGCGCACGCGGCUGCGCCAGGAGCUCGACGAAGCCAGAUCGGAAGAUGCCUUGGCCAAGGCCUUGGCGGAGAUCCGGAGCUUGCGAGAGAAGGUCGCGUCUUCGGAGGCGGCUGCGUCCGCAGAAGCCACAAGAUCUUCCAGGCUGGAUGGCCGCUGCUCGGUCCUCGAAGUGGAGUCCCGCGCAUUGCGAGAUGAGCUUACUGCCGCAAGCUCUGCCCACUUCCAGUCGCAAGAGGCCUCGGACAACUUGCAUCAGCAGCUGACAGCAAGAAAGCAAGAGCUUACACAGCUCCACGUGCAGCUGCAAAGUCUGUCCGACGAGGCCAGCGAUCUCCAGGCCCAGCGAGACUAUGCUUUGAGCGAGCUCAAAGCGGCCAACCAGGUGGCCGAGGCGUUGAAAGCGACGUCAACGGCUCUGGAUGGCAAGCGGCCUCGAAAGCCUCGGAAGCCUUGCACUCAAAGACUCUUCGGGACUCGGGACGCUGCCGACAGCUUGCCGAAGCCCCUUGCGGACGGCCAAGAGGUCACUUCGUUGAAGGCCACCCAUCUUCCACCCACUGUGGAUGAGGAUGAUUUGCGUGCCAUUUUCGGGCGAGAGCUUUGCUCAAUUCAGCUUCCGCGGAAUUGUGGCUAUGCCAUCCUGGGCUUUCGAAGUGCGGAGAGCGCCGAGAAGGCGUUGAAGCGGAAUGGGCAGCGCAUUCCUGAUCACAAGGCCGUCUUGCGCCUCGCGCGGUCCAGCGCCACACCAGGCCGCCGGCCGUUGACCGACUAUCAAGUUUGUGUCGGCAACCUGGCGCCGAAUAUGACGGACGCCGAUCUCUAUGAAGCCUUCAGGUCCUUGUCAACGGAUGUGCUCGGCGCAAGGGUACCUGUUGACCACACUGGUCGCAGCAAAGGAUUUGGCUUCGUUCGGCUGGCGGACGACGACGCAGCGGAACCACUUGUUGCAAAGAAGCAAGGGUUUCGGUUGGCUGGUCGAGCUGCCACUUUGCGACAGUGCAUGGCACCAGAUGCUGCCGUUGGCGACAAAGUGCUGUUCAUCAGCAACAUGGAGCCUGGCACACGCGAGGAUUGGCUCCGGACACUUCUUUGCGUCUUUGGGGAGCUCGAGUUUGUAGAAAUGGGCUUCAAUGGAGGCUUCGCGCGGGUUGGCUUCCGGGAGGCGGAGGCCGCGCUGGCGGCGGGCUCGCUGCUGCAGGGCCGCGCCCAGAGCAGCGGGCGCCGGCUGCUGUUCCGCUGGGCGCGGCCUCUGCCACCGGACCCGCAGCGCCUGCAGUUCUCCCAGCGCUUCGCCACACCGCUCAGCGACACGAAUUCAGACAAUCUGGGCCGCGAGUUGGCACACUCCUUGCUGCCGCAGCCCACUGCCUCCGAGCGGCGAGUGGAGGGAGCCUCCUUGGAUCCGGGCGACAAAGCCCACUGGCUCUCAAAGCAGCUGGCAGGUCUCGGCCAGCUGCUGAACCAGAGGGCUCGCAAGGCGCGGCUGAGCCCGAUGCAAGUUGCAAUCGCCGUGGACUCGUCGAGCGAGGGCUCUGCCUUGGCGGUGCCCAUGCCCGAGGUGCCUUGGGCGGACUCGCCGCUGCAGGCAUCCCCGCAGGCUUUUGCCUUCGAGCGUGAAGGCAAGCUGUCGCUGGAAAAUGCCGGAGGCGCAGCGCCCAGCUCUGGGAUGCAGGAGGCUGCCAAGGAGAUGCCCAAGAUUUACACUGAUCCCAAUGCCAAGGUGUUUCAAUUUGACUUCAGUGUGUUCGACUUCUUGAAGCACGAGGCACUUCAGACGCCUCCAGAGAGCCCGCUUGAAGUGCUGCCGGUGGAAGUGUCGGACAAGUGGUCAGAUGCGCGCUGGAGCACAAGGGUUUGA